AUAAGAAAAAAAGCGUUGCUUUUUUCAAAAACAUACUUGAAUAAUAAUAUCCAGUGUGACCCACACUCCUCACCAGUUGGUGGCGGUAAUGCACCGGUAAGGACCUGCUGGCCAACCGCCAAUAACCCAAAGAAGAAGAUGCGUUAGCUUUCGAUGGUAGUUUAAGAUGGGUUUGUUUCAGGUAAAUACGUGAAUGUUUCCAGUAAAAAUGUCUCCAGUUCAGCCCCAGAGAGAGAUGAUGAACGAGCUGUUAACUCCUGCUGAAGAAACAUUUACUGAGUUUAAAGGAAUCAUCGUCAAGACCGAGGAAGAGCUCGAUGGUCAGCACAGACUGCUGGAUUUCAGCCGGAUCCCCCUGAUCAUCUUACACCGAAUAGAUCUCUCGCAAUAUUAUGCAUGUAAAGAGGAGGGGGUCCCCACUGAGCUCAGCAACCAGGAGGGGAACUCCACUUUAGAUCAAGAGGAACCAGAAUCUCUGCAGAUAAAACAGGAGCAAGAGGAACUAGAACAUCAACAGUUCAAAGAGGAAGAGGAGCAACUCUGCAUCGCUCAGGAUGAAAACCAGCUUGUGCUUAAACAGGAGACUGAUGACAUUUUGGUGAUUCCUUCGGAUGUGCAAAUUAUUCACAAUGAAACAGAACCGAACAGGGACCAACUCAUCUCUCAGGCCACCGCUAAAGUUGAGAACCAGGAUCAAGAACCUGGAGAAAAGAGAGAUGAAGAACAGAAACAAAAUGAGAGAUGCCAGAAAACCAAACAGCAGAAAGGAGCUACUGACAGUUCAACACAAAAAAUGCACAAGAAAACUCAUCCAGACCAAAAUAUAUAUUCAUGUAAAAUUUGUAAUAAAAUCUUUCCUCAAAAAAGUCGCUUGACUAGACACAUGAGAUCUCACAUAAGAAGUCGUAUGGGCGAUAAACCUUGCUUAUGUAUUACUUGUGGUAGAAGUUUCAGUAACAAAACUUUUUUAACCAUUCAUAUGAGAAGUCACACAGGUAAGAGGUGUUUCUCAUGCAUGACCUGUGGAAAACCUUUCAGCCAAAAAGCUAAUUUAACUUGUCACAUGAGAACUCACACAGGUGAGAAGCCUUUCUCAUGUGCGAAGUGUGCAAAGAGUUACAUUGAAAAAUGCAGUUUAACUUAUCACAUGAGAACUCACACAGGCGAGAAGCCUUUUUCAUGUUUGACCUGUAAAAAAAGUUUCAGAAACAGAUCUUGUUUGAAAUGUCACAUGAGAACUCACACAGGCGAGAAGCCUUUCUCAUGUGUGACCUGUAAAAAAAGUUUCAGAAACAGAUCUGAUUUAACAUGUCACAUGAGAACUCACACAGGUGAAAAGCCUUUCUCAUGUAUGACCUGUGAAAAAAGUUUUAGAAACCGAUCUCAUUUGACUCGUCACAUGAGAAGUCACACAGGUGAGAAGCCUUUCACAUGUAUUACUUGUGAAAAAAGUUUCAGUCAGAAUAACCUUUUAACUAUUCACAUGAGAAGUCACACAGGCGAGCAGCCUUUCCCAUGUACAAACUGUGAAAAAAGGUUCACCAGUAGAGGCAGUUUAAAUUAUCACAUGAGAACUCACACUGGUGAGAGACCUUUCAUGUGUGUAAUUUGUGAAAAAAGUUUCAUUCAUAAAAGCAUUUUAACUUAUCACAUGAGAAUUCACACUGGUGAGCAGCCUUUCUCAUGUACAACCUGUGAAAAAAGGUUUAAUAGUCAAAGUGGUUUAACUAGUCACAUGAGAAGUCACACAGGUGAGAAGCCUUUCUCAUGUAUUACUUGUGAAAAAAGUUUCAGUAAGAAAAACCUUUUAACUAUUCACAUGAGAACGCACACAGGUGAGCAGCCUUUCCCAUGUACAACCUGUGAAAAAAGGUUUACUAGUAGAGGCAAUUUAGCUUGUCACAUGAGAAUUCACACAGGUGAGAAGCCUUUCUCAUGCACUGCCUGUGAAAAAAGGUUCACCAGUCGUAGUGGUUUAACUAGUCACAUGAGAAGUCACACAGGUGAGAAGCCUUUCUCAUGUAUUACUUGUGAAAAAAGUUACAGUAAGAAAAACCUUUUAACUCUUCACAUGAGAACGCACACAGGCGAGCAGCAACAGUAACUUGCUGUUCAGACGAGAUGGUAAUUACAGCUGGAUCACAUUUGAAAAUCAAGCAGUUUGUUUAAAAUGCAUUUCAAAUAACAGUUCUUACUGAACACAAUACAUAAACAUAACACACACAUUACAUAAAUAAAAAACUGACCUUUUUCUGACAGUUUAAACUUCCCAUUUAAAACUGAGAAUUGUUUUAGGUUAGAUAUUCAUUAAAAUGCGUCUUAAUUAAAAUAGGUGUUGAUGUUUUUUUCAAGCAAGACAUUUAUUCAGUGUGUCUUAAAGAAAUUAUGGCUUAACCUGUCAGAUUUAUACUGCAGCAACUUUUAGAGUUUUCAGUCUUGUGUAUAUUUAUGUUUUGUUGUACCUUUGCUCUGUUUUUGUUCAAUUAAGGAUUUUGGUUAGUGAAUACAUGUUAGAGGUGAAUGUAUGGACUGGUAGGCUACACAUGAUUUGCUUGUUGGGAUUAAUAAAGUUUUUUGAGUUUUAAUCUAAAUAUCACA